UUUCGAAGAUCAGCAAAAAAUAAACAAAUUUGCUCGGAAUACGAGUCGAAUCACAGAGCUAAAGGAGGAAAUAGAAGUGAAGAAGAAACACCUCCAGAACUUAGAGGAUGCCUGUGAUGACAUCAUGCUGGCAGAUGACGACUGCUUAAUGAUUCCCUACCAGAUCGGAGACGUUUUCAUCAGCCACUCUCAAGAAGAAACACAGGAAAUGUUAGAAGAUGCAAAGAAAACUUUGCAAGAAGAGAUCGAUGCCUUAGAGUCCAGAGUGGCGGCCAUCCAGCGGGUGUUAGCUGACCUGAAGGUGCAGCUAUACGCGAAAUUUGGCAGCAACAUAAACCUCGAGGCAGAUGAAAGCUAAACAUUUUAUAAUACUUUUUUUUAAAUCUUGUUUUAAUAAACUUGAAUAUUGUCUUAAAUGAUAAUUUCCCUUCUCCAAAUGAAACAAAAGGAAAACUUUCUUUUUUAAGAAUUUUCAUUUAAUUAAUGGAAACGCCUAUUUUCACAUGUCUUGCUUAUUUAUUUUAUAUUUUUAAAAGAAGACAGUGUUCAUGUAUGUAUUUUGCAUAAUGAUUGUAUCAACUUUAGGAGCUUUAUGUCAUGUUAUUAAAAUCGGUUAA